CAGGGCCGGCGCGGCGGCGCUCGGGGCCCGCUCGCACCGAGGCGAUCGUGCCGCUCCUCCGGCGCCGGAGCUCGGCCGGGGAGCGCAGCGGGCUCUUUAAGAAGCCCCCGUGCCGGUGGCUGUCGCCGGCUGCCAAGUGCGGGAGAAGCCGAGCUUUGCGGCGAAGCCCGAGCGUAACCAGCCGGCUGGGGGAGAUGCCGCCCCGCAGUGACUGACAGCAGGACCAGCUCUAUGCAAAUGGCGCCGGGGGCUCUGCCGGGGCUCUCUCCACACGCGCCGCCGCCUCUCGCCUCCCGCUCCCCGUAACGCGCCCUGCCUCGCACAAAGCAAUUGUUGCUUUUUUGGGGGGGACGUCGUUACACGUAAAAUCAUCUCCAGCACGGUUUCAGUUUGAGAUUGUGUGAGGGAGCUGGGAGAUGUGUCAGAGCUUGUUACUCCAGCUAAAUUAGGUAAUUUUUAGCUGGGUAACGUGCUAAUCUUUAAACCUUUAUGUUUUUAAAUCCUGCAUAUGUCUGGUCUCUUCAUACAAAAGUGUAUUUUGCUUGUUUCUUCUCGCCUUCUUCAGUCUGAAGCCUUAUGUAGGUCAGGCUUGGCUUAAGCAGAUUUCCUGAACCUGCGUCAGCUUAAGCUGAAGGAAUUUUAAUAAACCCUCCCUUGUAGGCGUGGGCCUAAAUGAGACUAGCCUAGUUAAGCCUGAUCUUUUUCUGUUUGUGAAAAAGAGCUGAGCAGAGCUAGGGACUGCAUGGUGGCUCCAGGAACGGCUUCCUUAAUUCAAACAUAACAAUGGUUGGGAAGGCCAGAUCUUCUAAUUUUACCUUAUCUGAAAAGCUUGAUUUGCUAAAACUCGUGAAGCCGUAUGUUAAAAUUCUCGAGGAACAUACCAAUAAGCAUUCUGUAAUAGUGGAAAAAAACAAAUGCUGGGAUAUUAUAGCUGAUAACUACAAUGCCAUCGGAGUAGAUCGCCCUCCUCGUACUGCACAGGGCCUGCGCACGCUGUACAAGAGGCUCAAAGAAUAUGCCAAACAGGAGCUAUUGCAGCAAAAGGAGACUCACUCAGAUUGUAAAAGCAGCAUUUCCGAGCCAACCAAGAAAGUUGUGGAAAUGAUUCCACAGAUUUCCAAUGUGUGUUUAAGAGACAGGAGCGGUGUUCAAAGUGCUAGUAUCGAUAAAGAAACAAUUGCUGGUACCAGUUCACCACAGGCAAUGUUGGAUCACCAUCCUGCGACAGUCAUGAUGGACUUGCAGUUGGAAGAGGAUGUCAAACCUCCUCCUUCUCUGAUUAUAGACUCACAGCAAAAUGAGAACUUAGAACAAGAGGAAGAACACCAGCUGGUGCAUAUUAUGGAAAGGUCUCCUUCAACAUCAGUGUCUUCAGUUGAUAUGAGAGUGAUGAUGUCUCCUUCCCCUGUACCAAGAAGAGAUGAGUUUUUUAGGCUUGAGGUUGGAGAACGCUUUAGACCAAUGUGUGGUUAUGACCCCCAGAUGUUACAAAUGCUGAAAGAGGAGCAUCAAAUAAUACUAGAAAACCAAAGAAAAAUUGGUCUUUAUGUCCAAGAAAAAAGGGAUGGUUUGAAAAGAAAGCAGCAACUGGAAGAAGAACUGUUGCGAACAAAAAUCAAAGUAGAGAAGCUGAAGGCAAUACGACUACGCCAUGAUCUGCCAGAAUACAGCAAUAUCUAAAUAUUUUAUUACUUCUGUAAUAUUCUUUGAAAUACUUAAUAAUAAAUGCAAAAUUGUUUCUUAUGUUAACAUGGAUGGAUCAAAAUCUGGGCUUGAGACAUGAAAGCAUAUGUUGUUUAAGUACCUUAGAAAAAUACCUCGUAUGGGUUUGAAUGCACCAACUCUUCUGGUCUAAAGUAUUGUCAAAUCCAUGUUUAAGUGUUUAGAUUGAUAAAAAGCCAAACUUUAAAAAUAUUUCCACUUAUCUCUAGAGUUGUGAUGAGCUAAUGGAAAUUUAAUUCAGUUCUUGUUAAAAAUUUUGGUCAUAUGCAUUAUUUUUUCAAAUAAUCACCUUUAAUAUCUUAAUGAAGUUGCAGGUAAAUAAAUGCGUAUAAGAAGGAGAAAUAAGAGGCCAUGUUUAAAUGUUUUAUUCUUUUCAAGUUGGUAAAUCUUAUGACAGUAAUGACAUUUUGCUGAUAUAUCAGCUUGGAAAACAAAAUUACUGGAUUGUUAUAUUUUUUUAAUGUUCAGUAGACAGUUGAAUAAAUGUACAUCUUUUUAAAAGUUAAUACUUUUUAAUUGUUUCCAGUGGAGAAGUGUUUCCAUAGGAUGUUAGAAAAACAGAGACAAUGAAUGCAACUCUUGGUUUUUAAAACUGCAUGCAUGUGUAAUUUGUGUGUACAGUUACCAUGAUUGUGUAUUCAGUUAUAGUAAUUAUACUGGUGAUCAACCACAUAAAUAUCUACUUUAAUCAUUUGCGUGCAUGAUUACUGCAGUGCAUGUGCAACCAAGACAGUUGCAGGUGCCUUUGAUCAAUAUCACUAUGACUAUAAGCUACUGAAAUAAAAUAGUUUCUGUAUGUAAGUAA